AUGGCUUAUCUUUUACACUGGUAUUUUUCUCAGCAAAUUAAAAAUAACUUCAAUGAUUUUUCUAAUCAAGUGAAAGAGGAAUUAAAAAAUUUUUCUCAGUUGGCCAAUAAGGUCGAAGAAGAAUUGCAAAACAUCCAAAAAGAAGUUAAAUCGCUAGUCAAAACUAUUGAGGGAUUAGUUGCCAUUGAAAGCGAGUUAAAAAAUGUCACUGCUAGUUUGACAGAAUUGAAUAAGACCGGGGAAAAUAUUAAAGGUAGUUUGGACAAUGUGGGGGAAUUGAAAGAAAAAAUAGAUGAAUUGACUAAAUUAGAAAUUCCCUUAAUAGAACUAGAAAAAUCCCUCAUUAAAGGAGGACAGGGAUUAGAAAAAGAAAUUAGAGAAAAAAUUGGUGGACUGGUUGACCAAAUUAAAGAAUAUAAAAAAAGCAGAAAAUUGAUUAUUUCAGGAAGAAUUGAAACAGUUGAUUAUUCUAAAGAGUGGUUUGGACUGGAUAGACAAAAGGCAGAAUCCGACAAAGAAAUAGAAGACAUUAGUGUUGAGAAAAAAGAGGAAAUACAAAAUUGA